AUGGGAGCUUGUGUGAACUAUUGCGAGAAGGCGCGGCAGCGAGCGUGGCAGGCGGGGGAGUGGGAGGAUCAUGGGAAGGGGGGGCGGAACGAUAAGAGGACUGGCGAAGGGACGGGGCGGACUUUUGAGUUGACGGAGGAGUGGGAGCAGCAGGGAGGUGGGCGGAAGGAGGGGACUGGUGGAUGGACGGGGGAGUGGACUGGGGAGACGGCUGCUGCUGCUGCUGCUGUUGGUGCUGCUGCCGCUGGUGUUGCUGCUGGUGCUGGUACUGCUGGUGGGGGUGCUGCAGGGUUGGGCGGGGUGGGAUUUCGAGAGAAGGAAGCGGGUGGGAGAGGAGGGCCUGUCGCAUCACAGAGGGGAGUGCCUGGAGCUGCUGCUGCUGGUGCCUCUGCUGCUGCUGCUGCUGGUGCCUCUGCUGCUGCUGCUGCUGGUGCUGGUGCUGUGCCUUCUGCUGCUGGCGCUGUUGUUGCUUCUCCUUCUCCUGCUGCUGCUGCUGCUGCUGCUGCUGCUGCUGCUGCUGCUGCUGCUGCUGCUGCUGCUGCUGCUGCUGCUGCUGCUGCUGCUGCUGCUGCUGCUGCUGCUGCUGCUGCUGCUGCUGCUGCUGCUGCUGCUGCUGCUGCUGCUGCUGCUGCUGCUGCUGCUGCUGCUGCUGCUGCUGCUGCUGCUGCUGUUGAAGCAGGAGCAGCUGCUGGUUUAUCACACCCAACUGGGGGAGGGCCGAAUCACCCCGCUGCUCUGCUGUGUGAGUAG